GCCGAGGAGACACACAUUCGCAAGAACUCCCUUCGAAGGUCGCUGUUUUGAUUUUGGUCUCCAAUCUGCAAAUCGCCAAAAUCAAUCCCACCAUAAACAAUUCAAAGAAACGGCAAAAAGUUGCGAAUCUAGAUUCAGAAGACGGCGGCGCUAAAUCAUAGAGCGUUGAUCCCAAUUAGGCAACACUUCGGUCAAUUUUUUCUACCGAUUUGUGGGGGAUUCUGAGGGCUUUGUCUCAAAUUCAGCCAUUGCUGAAAUUGCGGCCCUGAAAAUGGUUCCCAGGAAAGACAAUUCUCGUAUAGAUACAUCUGAGCUGAAAGCUAUGAUCUAUCGAAAGCUUGGACAUCAGAGAUCGGAGAAAUACUUUGAUCAGCUCAAAAAACUGUUGAGUUUAAAGAUUAACAAAAGAGAAUUCGACAAGUUUUGCAUUCAGAUUAUUGGGAGGGAGAUCAUACCUCUUCAUAAUCGGUUUAUCAAGGCAAUUCUUCAAAAUGCAUGUGUGGCUAAAACUCCCCCUGUUCUUAGCAGUACUAGGAAAGUAGAUAGCAAUCUCAGUGUAAAGGUUGUGAAUGGGUAUCAGAGGAGUUGUCUUCAAUCACUUCAUGGGGAUGCAUUUCUUUCCUCCCCUCGAAAGGGAAGGUCUCCGGUCAGUAGAGACCGUAAGAUUCGAGAUCGUCCGAGUCCUCUAGGACCAUGUGGAAAGCCCCAGAAUAUUGCACUUGAAGAACUUGCUUUCAAGGCACAAGAACAGCAAAGUGCAACAGAGUUGCAUUCUCUUGGCAGCCGUCCUCCGGUGGAUAUGGCAUCCGUAGAAGAUGGAGAAGAGGUUGAGCAGGUAGCUGGAAGUCCAGGAGUUCAGAGUAGAAGCCCGGUUACCGCUCCGCUUGGAAUAUCCAUGAACUUUGUUGGGUCUGGUAAAACUCUGUCUAAUAUAUCUGUAGGAAGAAGAAACUGUCAUGUAACAACAUGUCAAAACGGCGGCGAGCUACCCGACACGAGGUUGCUAAGGACUCAUUUGAAGCAAAAGUUGGAAAUGGAGCAGAUUGAUAUAUCUGUUGAUGGUGUAAACCUUCUUAACAAUGCACUGGAUGUUUACUUAAAGAGGUUGAUUGAACCAUGUUUGAGUUUCUCUCGGUCGAGGUGCGAGCGACCGAGAUUUACAGACAAUCAACCAAUAACUGGCUCGAGAAUCGCAUUGAAGGAACAAUAUAGGCACAGAGCUCAACGAUUGAAUGCAUCGUUGUUGGACUUUCGUGUUGCAAUGCAACUGAAUCCUGAAGUUCUUGGGAGAGACUGGACGUCACAGCUCGAGAAGAUCAGUUUACGAGUUUCGGAAGAGUGAAGUGGCCGAGUUGAUCGGAUCUAAAUGAGAAAGAGUAUAGUAGGAUGGAUAUAGGUAAAAGGUGAUCAUAUAUUGUGAAUAAUUUGAUGGGGUUCGGUGUGUUUGAAAGUUGGUUGCUAAUUUUUGCGAUUCUUGUGAGGAGGAGGAUAGGUUUUGUGAUCGAUUUGGAGCCUUGAAUCGAGUUGGUUUAGGUUACAUGUAGAUAAAGGCUCCAAUGAUCAUUGUCCUGAGGAAUGUGUUUAUGAUAUAAUAAAAGCAUUCAACUUCUGAUA